AGGGCUCGCAGCAAAGAGGGUGGCAUGCGGCUGCAGACACUAGAUGGCAGGUGGAGAGGCAAACGGGUCGGACAGUAUCUGCGACAGGUCGACUGGUUUUUAGAGCUGCUGCUUUUCUGCGUGCAUGUUACGUCUGGACAGCCUGGACGUGGGUCCGAAAUCACGACGAUUCGACACCACAAUGGAUUGCUGCAGGACCGCAACGUGUUCGUGGUUGAUGGCAGGAUUAUGACGGUGGUUCGCUAUCACAAGUCGCAGUCGCAAUUUGACAAGCUAAAGAUUAUGCCGCGCUUCUUGCCCCCGCAGCUAGGGCAGGUGAUGGCCGUGUAUCUAGCUUACUUGCAGCCGUUCCAGGAGUAUCUAGUCGUC